CUGGAGGACAUUGAAAAUCAGGAGUUGGAAAGUAGUUUCGUUUUCUCCGUCUAGUAUACUUGGACUUGAAAGAACAAUGAACAAAACUGAGGCUGAUCCGACAAAAAUAAUGGAUAAAGAAACCCUCACUACUGAGAUUGAAGAGAUGGGGGAGGACCAAGAGAACUAUGGAGAAGGAGACACAGUAGAUGCAAAACCUGACCGCAGAUCGAGAUUUUUGCUUUUUGGCAGUAAGAAGAAGAAUGGCAAGUUGCAGGAAAAAGAGCAGUCUUCUGAAAGCCAUUACAGGAUUGUUUCACCAACAUUCCAGUAUAAGAUGAGCAACCGGCGCGUUGGCAAGUGCAUCAUCAUCAACAACAAGAACUUUGAUGUAAAAACAGGGAUGAAUGUACGCAGUGGCACAGAUCGCGAUGCUGGAGAGCUGUUCAACUGCUUUACAAACUUGGGCUUUGAAGUUACCAUCUACAAUGACCAGACCUGCAAGAACAUGCAGUGGCUACUUAAAAAAGUCUCAGAAGUGGACCACAGUGACAGCUCCUGCUUCGCCUGUAUCUUGCUGAGCCACGGUGAGGAGGGCAUGAUUUACGGCACGGACGGAGCCAUGCCCAUCAAGAGCAUGACCUCGCUCUUCAAAGGAGACAUGUGCAAGAGCCUCGUGGGCAAGCCCAAGCUCUUUUUUAUCCAGGCUUGUCGGGGUUCAGAGUUUGAUGAUGGUGUGCAAACAGACUCAGGACCGCCCAAUGACACGAUAGAGACAGAUGCCAAUCCAAGACACACGAUUCCGGUAGAGGCAGACUUCCUGUUUGCUUAUUCAACUGUGCCAGGUUACUACUCCUGGAGGAACCCGGGCCGAGGCUCCUGGUUUGUCCAGGCCCUCUGUAAUGUUCUUGAUGAGUUUGGUAAACAACUUGAGAUCAUGCAGAUCCUCACACGGGUCAACUACAUGGUGGCCACCAACUUCGAGUCCUGGUCAGAGGACCCCCGUUUUAGCGAGAAGAAACAGAUACCUUGUGUGGUGUCCAUGUUGACUAAAGAGCUCUACUUCAACUGAUCUGAGUAGACCAUCCUUACAUGCUGUGCUCCGUCUGCCUUUUCUCAGCGCGCACAUUUUCUUGCCAAGAACGUUAUAGUAGCACACUUUUCUUAUCUUUUAACAGUAAAUAUUAACCAAAUUGUUAAACCUUUUUUGUCAAGGAUGGAAACCUCAGUCUAAUACUUGAGCAAAAUAUUUUUACAUAAAUGUAAGCAGCAUUUUUAAGCAGUGCACAUUUCAGGAUGGCAGGCAGGAAAGACACAUCAGGUGCACAAAGACUGACCACUGACUGACUGAACGACUGACUUCACUCGACCAAGCGGUCACAACAUUCAGGGAUGAUCCCAGCUGGAAGUUUGUGUGUGAAAGCAACUUUUUACAUUUACAUUACAUAUACGAACACUGAAAAGGUCUUCCUUUGUGCUACUUCCUGUUCGAGUUCACUACCUUCUCAGAGAAUGUUCUACUUCAACUUUCUCAGAGUAUUCCAGGGAAUAGUGAUGUCACAUAUUAUUUGAUCUUUGUCCACUGGCAGUGUCAAAUAGUCAUGUUGCUUUGCCAACUUUGAAAGUUUUCUGCCACUUUUACUUUACUAGAUGAAACCCUUUAUUGAUCUUAAUAAAAAAUAUUUGUAAAAAAAAAAUUGCGCUUGACAUCAAAUACCACACAAAAUCUUUGCUGUUCUUCUGUUUUUAUAUUACAAACAACUCGAGCAUAAAUUCUAAGCAUAUAAAUGGCCAUUUGUAACAUUUUAGUUUGGUUUGGUUAUUCCAGAAUGCUCUUCAGAGGAGGUCAAAGAAAGGGCAUGAAUGGCAAUAGAGUGGCAAAUAGUGAAGUAAUGCUGACACCUGCACACCUGUUUUAAAAGCUUUCCAUUCAUCCUUCGUUGGUUAGUUUGCAUUAAUUAAAAAACUGAAAUCAGAUCAGCAUUCAUCCCGUGUAUUUUGAACAAACUGUAGCUUUAAAGUCUUCAUGCAGUAUUUACUGAUGUUUUGUACUGAAUCCGUCUAUAAUCUACAGAGGCAGCUAUUGUUUUACUGGUGACUGUUUUAACCAUUUAUCACCCAUCUGAACAAAUGUGCUGUUUCAACCUUGAUGGAAGGUUCUGAUGUGUUCAGAGCUUGUCUUCGGUUUUGUCCAACAGUUUUUCCUUUCCUUCCGGUUCUUUCUGUAUUUUUCAUCCUCAUUGUUCAUCCGGAUCACACACUGAAUCUGCCAGCCUGUGCACCAUCAGACCGCCACAAAUGAAAGGCCCUCUUUUCUUUAUGCAUGGAUUAUUAGUGAAGUGCUCCAACUAUACUGUAGGAAGUGCUACCGCUCCACUUGUUUUGAAAUGGAAAACAAUUUUUAAUUUGAUAGUACAUUGAUUUUCUAUUUAAA